AUGCAAGGACAAGACAGCAAGCAGCUGCAUGCCUUGCUUGAGCGAUUCGACAAGCGCGAGGAGAAGUUGCUUGAUGCACUGCCGCUGGACAAGGAGGAGCGGGUAAAGCUGGGCAAGGAGCUCAAAUACCUCCGAGAGGUCCGAGAUCAGCGCAUCGACAAGCUCCUACUUCUGCAAGAGCCUGCGUCCGGUGACUCCCCCGGUGAGCCGCGGAAGCGCAAGCGUCGGGCAUCGACCAUCGACCGCAACAGCUCCAAGGGCAAGCGCCGGGAGACCGGCCACGCCGCCUACGACCUUCCGCCCGAGCUGUGGUGCCAAAUCUUCUCUUUCCUCAGCCGCAAGCAGCUCCUGGCGGCCUCGCUCGUCUCCACGGUCUGGCGGAGUCUUGCUCUGCACCAGUUCCAGCACGUGAACCUGAGCCUGGUCAAGUUCUCCCCGCCGGAGGAGGUCUUCCGGAAGAAGUUCAUCUUCGCCUGCAAGAACCUACCCUCCCUGCGAUCGCUCAAUCUCACCGGCUGGGGCAGCCGAGGCAUCAAGGACAUAGGGAGCAUGCUGGCCUAUCUGCCGUCGUCGUCGCUGUUCCACCUGUACCUGGACAAUACGCCCUUUCUCGAGGACAAGUACCUCCCGCUCCUUCCGAGCUCGCUCCGCACCCUGUCGCUCUCGCACUGCAACAUCUCGAGCCGUGGCCUCAAGUACCUCUGCACGCCCCAUCCGCUUCACGCCCCGACCUCGCCCUCGCUGCGCUCCGACUCAGACGAGGAUCUGCCCCUGAUCCCGGUGGCGGAGCGACAGCCAUCGGACUGGGUCCCCGGCCAGCCGCUGCCCACGCCCUUCCCGCAGCUCCAGACUCUCAACCUCUCCUACUGCCCCAACAUCACCAACCACGGCCUUAAGUACCUCCGCGGCCUGACGUCGCUCACGUCGCUCGACCUCUGCUCGCCGUCGUUCCGCGUCACCAGCGAGGGACUCAAGUCGCUGCCGUCGUCGCUGCGUUCGCUCGACAUCUCGUACAUGGACAAGCUGACCGAUGAGGGCAUCAAGGCCCUGCGCGCGGUGUGCCCCGACCUUCAGGUGCUCAACAUCUCCAAGUGCAACAAGGUCACCAACGACGGCAUGCGGUUCCUGCCGGCCAAGCUGCGCACCAUCUUCCUUUCGCACUGCUACAACAUCACCGACGAGGGCAUCGCCAACCUCGCCGUCGCCGUGCCCCUGCUGGAGAACUUCCACUUCUCCUACUCGUCGCUGACCGACGACGGCGUGCGCCACCUGCCCCGCGCGCUCAAGGCCCUCAACCUCUCCUUCUGCCCGAAGCUCACCAACGAGGGCAUGCGCCACCUGCCGCCGCAUCUCCACACCCUGCUCCUCUCCUACUCCUACAAGAUCACCGACGAGGGCCUCCGCGCCCUGCCGCCCUCGAUCGCCACGCUCAAGCUCUCCCGCUUCUUCGAGAUCACAGACGACGGCCUCCAGCACCUGCCGCCCGCGCUGCGCAGCCUGGACCUCUCCCUGUGCGACAGAGUGUCGGACCAGGGCAUGUCCCGCCUGCCGCCCACGCUCGCCGAGCUCAACCUCUCGCGCUGCGACGGCAUCACCGACGCCGGCGUCGCUCAGCUGCCCCGCUCGCUCGGCAAGCUCGACCUCUCCUUCACCAAGCACGUGACCGACGCAUGCCUCCGAUCGCUGCCCAAGGCGCUCACCUCGCUCAACCUCUCGUCGUGCCCCGAGAUCACGGGCGAGGCGCUGGCCGACCUCCCGCUCUCCCUCUCCCACCUCUUCCUCUCCCACUGCGAGAAGGUCACCGACAAGAUCUUCACCUCCCUGCCUCGGCCGCUCGAGACCCUCGACAUCUCCUCGUGCAGCGGCGUCGUCGAGAAGUAUCUCCUCGACAACUGCGUCGCCUGA